AUGAUGCACCCGUCCCGCCGAGCGUACGUGGAGGAGGCUGAGCCCGAGCACCAAGGAGGCGGCAUUGACAUCAACUCCAUCCCUAUCGACCGCGACUAUGACAUCCCUGGAGCUGGGGCCGGCAUUGCCCCGGAGAAGGCGUCUGCGCUUCUCUCGCAGUUCGAGAGGAAGCGACUGGCAGCAACCAUUGCCGUUCCGACCGACGACGGGCGAGUGCGCGCGAAACUUCGAGAGCUUGGACGGCCGGUCACACUCUUUGGGGAGGGCCCCGCGGACCGACGUGACAGAUUACGGGAGCUUUUGACCGAACAAGCACAUACUCAACAAGCGGGCGGGCAGGAAGGUGCAGAUGUGGACAUGCAGGAUGUUGACGCGGAGGAGGACGAGGAGGCCGAGGAAGGGGAGGAAGAAUUCUACUCGAGGGGAACUGAUGAACUCCUCCAAGCACGGAUAAACAUCGCUCAAUAUUCGAUACCGAGAGCAAAGAAGCGUAUCGGUUUUCAAAAGAAGGAGGCAACAAUCUCUUUACGCGCACACGCCAAGUUUCGGAAAGAGGGCAGCCAGACGGCGGGAGACCGUCAUGUGUCCAUGACCAGGAUAUCGCCAAACGGGAAAAUGGUAGCCACGGGUAACUGGGGUGGGCAGGUCAAACUUAUCGAUAUCCCAACACUCGAACCGAAACGGACAUUGAGGGGUCAUACGAACAAGAUCAGCGGUCUCGCCUGGAUGCCUGGAGCAACUUUACCGGAGAGCAACGUCUCGGAAGAGACUGUCAACUUAGCAUCGGGAGGCGCGGAAGGGCAAAUCCAUUUAUGGUCAUUAUCGCAGGACACGCCGCUUUCGACACUGUCGGGGCACUCGCAGCGGGUAUGCCGGGUAGAAUUCCACCCUUCUGGGAAGUACCUGGCAUCCGCCUCCGAAGACACCUCGUGGAGGUUCUGGGAUGUCGAGACCACCACGGAGCUGCUCUUACAAGAGGGCCACUCGCGUGGGGUAUACGCAGUGAGCUUCAACACGGACGGGUCCCUGUUGGCUAGCGCUGGUCUGGACAGCGUCGGCCGGAUCUGGGACUUGCGCUCUGGUCGGACGGUCAUGAUCCUUGACGGCGGCGCUGACGGCCACAUCAAACCCAUCUACGGCCUCGACUGGGGCUCAGACGGCCACCGGGUGCUCACAGCUUCUGCCGACGGCUGGAUCAAGUGCUGGGACGUGAGAAAGGUCCAGCGCUCGGGGGGCAUUGGCGCACAUACGAGCGCCGUGUCCGACGUAAGGUGGUUCAAGGGGCUCGACGACCCUGUGGAUGGCAUUCCCCCAGGCGAAGACGAGAAAGGUUUCCAAAUUCCCAAGAAGUCGGGGACUUUUUUGGUCUCUGCCGGCUUCGACCACAAAGUCAACAUUUUCUCGGCUGACGACUGGGGCUUAGUCCAGUCGCUCUCAGGGCACACAGGGCCUGUGGCUAGCGUGGACGUGAGUAGGGAUGGGAGAUGGAUAGUGAGCGGUGGGCAUGACCGAACGGUCAAGCUCUGGGGGCGGAACGACUCGACAGGAAUGGAACCCCUCGUGCCGUGCCAAGAUGCGCCCCCGUCCGAUUGCCCACCCACCAUUUCCCAGCCCAAAACCAUGUCGAGCAUCGACCGAUACCGACCGCUGCGAGAGGGCUAUCAGCCCCCAUCGCUCCCCGCGAAACCACUCCCAGCAGCUGUCGACCGCGUCUCCAAAUCUCCAUCCCGACGCCGCGAUAUCCCCCCCGCCGUUCCCUCCCCGCCGACACACACAUCCCGGACUUCGCCGCCCAGACCGCACUCGCGCCGCAGCGCACCAUCACCCACGCAGCAGCCGUCAAGCCCGGCCCGAGGGCCACAGCCGUGGCCAAAUCAGUGGUUCUUCACUGCUGAUGAAGUCGCCAGCACGCCGAGCAUCGUCGAGGGUCUGUCACUCACCGAGGACAGGCUCAGGAGGGCUAAGGGAGUGAACUUCAUCUACCAGGCUGGGAUCCUACUAGAGCUGCCGCAGAUCACGCUGUGGGUUGCCGGUGUGUUCUUCCACAGGUUUUACAUGCGCUACAGCAUGAUAGAACAAAAGGGGGGCAUUCACCACUACAACAUCGCCGCCACCGCGCUGUUCCUGGCUAAUAAAACGGAAGAGAACUGCCGCAAGACCAAGGACCUCAUCAUCGCCGUAGCCAAGGUGGCGCAGAAGAACACGAAACUCAUCAUCGACGAGCAGAGCAAGGAAUACUGGAAGUGGCGCGACAGCAUCCUGGCGUACGAGGAGUUGAUGCUGGAGGCCCUCACGUUUGACCUUCUGGUGGACAACCCGUACGUGCGGCUGCACGACUACAUGGGCCAGCUUGAGCUCCUGCACAACAAGACAUUACGGGACUCGGCGUGGGCUUUCUGCAACGACGCCUGCUUAACGGUGUUGCCACUACUCCUGAAUGCGCGGGACGUGGCUAUCGCGGCCAUCUUCUUCGCCUCGUCCGUCACGCAGGAGAAAAUCGACGAUGUCGCCGGUGACGCCUGGUGGCACCACCUCAAGGGCAGCGAGACGCUGACGAUACGUGCUGUCCAGCUGAUGACCGAUUUCUACAAAGAGAAUCCCUUGCGCAAGCAAGACUCCAAGGUGCCCGGGUCGCCCGUCUUCAACCUCGAGAGCACCCGACGCCGCGACGAGCAAGAGCAACAACAACCCAGCAGUAAUAUUAAUAAUAAUUUCACCAACGGCGACUCGGACGCGGCCCUUAAGAAGGCAGCGAACCACCUCUCGACGCACGAGCACGGUCGGGAAGGCGAGCUGUUGGAUCCGAACAGUACUCUUAACGAGAAUUCAGGAACUGACGGCAAUGGGGGUGGAUUAGUCUCGCCACGGAUCGGCAAAAGGCGGAGUGAGGACCCUGAAGGAUUGGAGGAGCGUGAGGCAAAGAGGAUCAAGUUGGACGACGACGAGGAUGAGGGGGAGAUCAAGGGGUCAUGA